AUGACGAAGAACGCGGUGCUAGCGUACCGCAAUGGACAGCUGAGCGGCAGCAGUCGUUGGCGAAUCCGCAUCCGCCUACCAUCUGGGAGCCCUCCGUCGCCUUUUGCGAACGGCCAAGCGUGUGUGCACGAUGUGCUCGCUCUGACAUCAUUGGAGCCAUCUCAAACAAGUCGUUCCUCUGCAUGCCGUACUGUAUCUUGUCCAAGUUGCGUCACUCGGCAUGACACCUUGCCAUCACUCUCUUCCUCACGGUAUGGUGUGCUGUACGCUGCUUCUACUGUGUACAAGAUCCUCGAGCCUACCCGUGACGAGCGCCUGACGUUGGCGUUGGGCGUGAGCCAACAUUCGUAUUCGCUGUGCUCGUGUACCAACGGCAAGAAAGUCAUACGGCUUGGCCCCCAUGUCAUUCUGCUUCUUCUCACCCGUCAGCGCCAUUGCACUGCUUCAUCUAUCCAAGCCAAAACCCAUAUAAGCGUCCAGUCGGUGGCCGUCCAUUUCCUGCUCCUCAUCAACAUCACUUCUUCCCAAGCUACCAGCAAAGGUCGAAGACUAUUCCCGCUCUUACCACGUACGCAACAGCAUACCAACUCCCCCUUAGCUUAA